AUGGCCUCCACCACCAAGCCGGGCAUCCCGCCCGUCGUGCUCGAUGCCGUCACCCAGCAGAUUGGCAACACCCCCAUGGUGCGCUUGAACAAGAUCCCCCAGAGCCUGGGCAUCGAGGCCACCGUCUACGCGAAGCUCGAGAUGUUCAACGCCGGCGGCAGCGUCAAGGACCGCAUUGCCCUGCGCAUGAUCGAGGAGGCCGAGCGCAGCGGCCGCAUCAAGCCCGGCGACACCCUCAUCGAGCCCACCAGCGGCAACACGGGCAUUGGCCUGGCCCUCGUCGCCGCCGUCAAGGGCUACCGCACCAUCAUCACCCUGCCCGAGAAGAUGUCGGCCGAGAAGGUCUCCGUCCUGCGCGCCCUCAACGCCGAGAUCAUCCGCACCCCGACCGCCGCUGCCUGGGAUGCUCCUGAGAGCCACAUCGGCGUGGCCAGGAGACUCGAGAAGGAGCUGCCCAACGCCCACAUCCUGGACCAGUACAGCAACGUCGACAAUCCGCUUGCCCACGAGUACGGCACUGCGGAGGAGAUCUGGACCCAGACCGACGGCAAGAUCACUGCCCUGGUGGCCGGCGCUGGAACUGGCGGCACAAUCACCGGCAUUGCCCGGGGCCUGAGAAAGCACAAGCAGGAUGUCAAGAUCAUCGCCGCCGAUCCGCACGGCAGCAUUCUCGCUCUUCCAGAGAGUCUGAACGAGGAGAAGAAGAACCAGCCUUACAAGGUCGAGGGCAUCGGCUACGACUUCAUCCCGGAUGUUCUCGACCAAAAGGGGGUCGACACUUGGUACAAGACCGACGACGUGGACUCUUUCCACUACGCAAGACGCCUGAUUGCCGAGGAGGGCAUUUUGUGCGGUGGAAGCAGUGGCAGCGCCAUGUCUGCCAUGGUCAAGGCCGUCAAGGACCUCGGCCUCGGAAAGGAUGACGUCGUCGUCGUCGUGCUUCCGGACAGCAUCCGGAGUUAUCUGAGCAAGUUCGCUGACGAUGACUGGCUUGCCGCCAAUGAUCUGUUGCCUCCCACCCCGGCGCAGACCCUGGCCGCGCCGCUCUCUCCCACUCUGACCAGCUCGAAGGAUGCGUACAAGGGAGUCACUAUCCGCUCGCUCCGGCUGAAGCCGGUCAUGACGGUCGCUGCCGAGUCUCCCUGCGCCGAGGCUAUUGAGACUAUGCGCGACAAGGGCUUCGACCAGCUCCCUGUCGCAACGACCAAGGGCAACCGCUUGGUCGGUCUUGUCACGCUCGGAAACCUGCUCUCUUACAUCAGCAGCGGCCGUGCUUCGCCGCAGUCGCCUGUCUCGGACGUCAUGUUCGACUUCCGGAAGCUGUCGGAGACGGUCAGCGAUCCUUCGGAUUUGGGUGUCCAGGGCAAGGAUAACCUCGUGUUGGGCGAAGACAAGGACAAGGCGACUAAGAGGAGGAAGUUCGUCGAGAUCACCAGGGACACGCGUCUGAACGCGCUCAGCCGCUUCUUCGAAUGGAACAGCGCCGCGGUAGUCACGGAGCAUGAUCAGGGCCACAUGAAGGCAGUGGCCGUCGUCACGAAGGUCGACCUUCUCAGCUGGCUGGUCAAGCAGGGCAAUUCUGAGGGGACCAAUGGCUUCCACUAG